UAUUGGGAACGACCAUGUUACAUUUGUGAAGGUUUUCAUUUCACGGAAGACGUCAGAGCACAGUGGACUCUGGCGGUCGGGUCGGGUGUGAGUGGCGGACUGAUAGCUCUUUGUUUUCUACGAUCCUGAGACUAGACAAAGGAAUCCGAGUGUGUUUUUAUCAUGCUGACCCUCGAGGGUCAGGGAUACCCACGCUUUGGGCUGGGUCUCUGGUGGUGUGUAUUUACGCUGUUCUUUAAAGGCUGUGCAGGCUGUGCAUCUGAGGAGAGACUCUUCCACAAACUGUUUUCUCAUUACAACCAGUUCAUCAGGCCUGUGGAAAAUGUCUCGGACCCUGUCACGGUGCACUUUGAAGUGGCCAUCACGCAGCUGGCCGACGUGGAUGAAGUAAACCAGAUCAUGGAAACCAAUUUGUGGCUGCGUCACAUCUGGAAUGAUUAUAAAUUGCGCUGGGACCCAAUGGAAUAUGAUGGCAUUGAGACGCUCCGUGUUCCUGCGGAUAAGAUCUGGAAGCCUGACAUCGUUCUCUACAACAAUGCUGUCGGCGACUUCCAGGUCGAGGGCAAGACCAAAGCUCUUCUUCAAUAUGAUGGCAUGAUAACCUGGACUCCACCAGCUAUUUUUAAGAGCUCCUGUCCUAUGGACAUCACUUUUUUCCCUUUUGAUCAUCAAAAUUGUUCCCUGAAAUUUGGUUCCUGGACCUAUGACAAAGCUGAAAUUGAUCUCCUCAUCAUUGGCUCUAAGGUGGACAUGGAUGAUUUUUGGGAAAACAGUGAGUGGGAAAUUGUCGAUGCCUCUGGCUACAAGCACGACAUAAAGUACAACUGCUGUGAAGAGAUCUACACGGACAUAACCUAUUCUUUUUACAUCAGGAGACUGCCGAUGUUUUACACCAUUAAUCUGAUCAUCCCCUGCCUCUUUAUUUCAUUUCUGACUGUGCUGGUCUUCUACCUUCCCUCUGACUGUGGGGAAAAAGUGACGCUGUGCAUUUCAGUGCUGCUGUCUCUGACCGUGUUUUUGCUGGUGAUCACGGAAACCAUCCCAUCCACGUCCCUCGUGAUCCCUCUGGUGGGUGAGUACCUGCUGUUCACCAUGAUCUUCGUCACCCUGUCCAUCGCGGUGACAGUGUUUGUGUUGAAUAUACACUAUCGCACCCCGACCACACACACCAUGCCCACGUGGGUGAAGACACUCUUCCUCCGGCUGUUACCCCAGAUCCUGAUGAUGAGGAGGCCCCUGGACAAGAUGAGGGAGGCGAGAUCUGCUAAAACUCCCAAAGGGAUCUCCAGGAGGCCUGCCAAAGGCAAGGUGGAUCAUCACGGAGAGCCCCGGCCUCUUCAAGAAUGCUGCCACUGUCAUAAACCCAAGGAGCUCGCCACUGGCAAGAGGCGACUAAGUCAUCAGCCUUUACAAUGGAUGACAGACCAUACAGAGCCCUCACCUGAAGUUGAAGAUGUGAUUGAUAGUGUUCAAUUCAUAGCAGAAAACAUGAAGCACCAAAAUCAAACAAAGGAGGUAGAGGACGACUGGAAAUACGUGGCCAUGGUGGUGGACAGGGUGUUCCUGUGGGUGUUUAUAAUUGUCUGUGUGUUUGGAACCGUAGGGCUGUUUCUCCAGCCACUCCUGGGGAAUACAGGAAGUUCAUAAGGACAUAAGGAUGAAUUUUUUCCUUUAUCUUCAGAAACGUACAGAUGCUCUUUGUUCUGUGUCCCCCACCACAAGGAAAGGGAUAGAAAUCUUCCCGCCACAUCCCCAUCUAGAUGGUAAAAGAGGACUUUCUUGGCAAUUAGGAGGUGAUGCCCUCCCUCGGGGUCCUUUAAGAUGUUUUCUGACACGGGAGCCCCAAGCUAGCAGCAUCUAUAGGCAUCUCUUAUUUGUACAUGUUUGGCUUCUGGGCACACAUCGGAACCCCAGUACCAUGGAAUCAAGGGGUUGUGUUGCUUCUCCAGUUUAUUGCUUCCCAAUAUAAUGACACCUGCCAGACCUGAAACUCUGGAACUUGGACUCGCUGACAUCUGCGGCUGGGAGCUUGGGUCUGCUUGCUUUCUCAUGCACAUCUCUGUGAUGGAACACACACGCUUCAGCAUUACUUGAUACAUUAAUUGCUAAAUAACAGCAGGUAGUCCAUCUAGCCAGCAGGCUGUAUUUAAUUAGCAUUUAUCUGGCAAGAGACUCAAGUGGUGACCAACACUAGGCAUCACCACACUAGCAGAAGUAAGUUUGGUCCACGCACUCGGAGUUUUUUUUAGGAAAAAUCGAAAACACAGAGACCUCCAGGACCAGGUAUCACGUGGGGAAUGUAACCAGAGCGAUGAAAAUAGAGCGUGGUGGGGUCUGGCUGGACGGACUGCAAGCGGCCUUUGCUGUGGGUCCAAAUGUGUCUCUUCUCAUCAAUAGUUUCCAUUUGAUCUUUGUCACUGAGACUGAAAAUAAAA